AUGUCUCAACCCAAUAAUCACCCCAACCACAACCCUCCUCUCAAAAUCCUCAUAAUCGGAGCAGGCCUAGGCGGACUCGCCUGCUCCAUCUCUCUCCUUCGCCACCAUCCCAAAAACAUCCAAAUCACAAUUCUCGAAAAAUCCUCUGUCCUCUCUGAAAUCGGCGCAGGAAUCCAAUUACCCCCCAACGCGACCAAAGUCAUGUCGGAUUUCUGUCUCCUCCCCAAACUCUUCGCUGCAGGGAUGGUGAGCAGAAAGAAUUAUAAGAUUCUUCGGUGGCAGGACGGAUCGGAGAUUGCGAAAAGUUAUGGAGAAGAAUGGAACGUGAGGAUGUUUGGGAAUGAUGGACAUGUUAUGCAUAGGGCUGAUUAUCAGAGGGUGUUGGUUGAGGAGACGAGACGACUAGGGACGAAGAUUGAGUUGGGGUGUGAGGUUGUUGAUGUGAAAUGUGACUAUCCACCGGAAGUUGUGUUGAGUGAUGGGAGGAGAAUGGGGGCGGAUGUUGUAGUUGGUGCUGAUGGGUUGAGGAGUCAGGUUAGGAGUGCGGUGUUGGGCUAUGUGAAGGAGCCGGAGGAGAGUGGCGAUUUGGCGUAUAGGAUUACGAUUCCGAGGGAGAAUUUGGUGAAUGAUCCGGAUCAUUUUAUAAGGGACAUUGUUGGGAAGGGGGUGACUGCGAUAUGGUGGGGACCAAACCGGCAUGCGGUGCUCUAUUCAAUACGGAAUCACGAAAUGGCGAACCUAGUACUGAUAUGUCCCGAUGACCUUCCAUAUGAGGUGUCGAGGCACGAUGGGGACGUGGAGCAGAUGCAUAAGCUCUUCGAGGGGUGGGAUCCGAGAUUAAAAGCUCUGCUAAACAAAGUUGAUCACGCUCUCAAGUGGAAGAUCUGGGGUAUGGAAGAACUGGAUACUUGGGUGAAUGGUAGCACAGCAUUGCUAGGAGAUGCCUGCCAUCCCAUGGUACCAUACGCGGCCAUGGGUGCAGCGAUGGCAGUCGAGGAUGGCGCCGUCCUAGGUAGACUGAUCGUGUCGUUCGCUCAGUCCGGUCACGAUCGGAAUUCGCUCCCAGAAUUGAUGCAGUUGUACCAAGAUGUCCGGAAACAGAGAACAGCUGCAGUCGUGGGCACCGCGAAUGAAAAUCGAACCUUGUAUCAUAUGGAGGACGGACCGCAGCAGGAGGAGCGAGAUCGAGCCUUCGACGAGCUGGACAGGACUGACGAGAACGCAAGAUUCCCGUGGAAAUUUGGCGAUCUGAAACACUGCAAGAAGCUAUUUGGGUUCGAUGCAUUGAGCAGUGCCGAUGAAGCAUGGGCGCGUAGCAGAUUUUCGCAGACCGUAAACGGCAUAUCAUAG